CGUCGAACGUAGCGGGACCAGAUGGGGCAAGAAGCCAGCGGCCUUGGCGCAUUCCACCUCCCGCCCAUUGCUCCAUUCCGCCCGCUUCCCACGUCGCCAUGAUGGUCCUGCGCGGCAGCUCCUCACGGCUGUGGCAGGUCGCAGGUCUCUUCCUCUUGACGAGCGCUCUGGCCUCGGCCAAUACAGCUCCCUCGCUCUACGAUUACAAGUAUGAUGGCACCACGACAUACUGCUACUGGAUGGACCAGGGCAUGCAAGUGUCCAACUUCGACUUUGCCUAUGUAUUGGAGGAGGGAACGAACUCCGAGUGCCCGCUCACCGUCUCACUACAGCAGGCCACAACAGGCACCAUCGUCGCCGGUAGUGAGGUCGAGUACGCCUUCACAGCCACGCUCAACCUCAACGACAACGUAUUCAACCUCACACAGUUGCAGACUACCGUACCCGACCCCACCACGGGGCUCCCCAUGCAGGUCGGCCAUGCCAACAUCCACACGUGCUCGCGCUCUACCGUGUGUGAUAUUUUCCGAACAGGCUCGAACCGCAAGAUCGCGGACCAGGAAACGUCCAACUUCACCAGCUCAGGGACAACGAGUUUCCGCCAGAAAAUCACGUACAACAGCGCAGGAGAACGCAAUGUGUUCGCGCACAUUAUUCUCCCGCCCAAAGACUAUUUGGAGGAGAGUUACCACUUCAUCACGUUCAUUACGACCAAUGUAGAGGCCAGUACGACCAGCACUGCUGAUGACGACAGCUCUGGGCUCUCAACUGGCGCUACAGUGGGGAUGAUUAUCGGUGCUGUUGCCAUUGUAGUGGCUGUCAUCCUCUCCGUGGUCUUCUGGCGUCGUAAACGUCGACCCGGACAGGACACGGAUCACUUUAGAAACAGCGGCUUUGGUCUACCGGCGUCGUACGUUGCGUCCAAGUCCAAGUCUCACCUGGACUGGAACGCUGAGCCUGAAGCGAGAUUGACGUCGCACGGCUCGGGCUGGAAAGAUUACAGUGCGGGAGACCGAUCUCGUGGCUCUCGUGGCCCGGGUCUUAACGCCAGUGCCCUGGCCUUCAACGACCGUCUCAGUCGUCAGAAUAAAACCGUGUCCUCCUCAGGGUCUCUGCACUCGAGUCGCGGUCCAGCUGACAUCUACAACAACUACGACACGCCCAUGCAGCGCUCAGCCGCUAAGUUCGGCUCCGCUAGAGAUCCGUUCAACCGGUCGCAGUCCAUGUAUCCGGACGACUCCAUGUAUGACGAUGGGGAGUCCAGAAUCGUCGAAGAAGACCCGAAUCUCGAGUACGGACGCACUCCUGACCUCGAGACGUUCGGGAUCGGACCGGGAGGCCAAGGACCUUCAUUUGAGAGCGAGACGUCUAUCGGAACUUCGUUCGAGUACAACACGGACGACUCGCACUACAACCAGCCGACGUUCAACCCGCUGCUAAGUGGCUACGGCGACCGUGAGUCCGACAUGUCAAGUAUGGGCGAGACCGACGACUACAACAUGUACGAGCAGCCACCACCUCGUAUGCGUGGUGACACACUGGACGCUGUACUUACUGCCAUGCCGGACGACCAAGGCAGUGAGAGUGGCGAUCGUCCCAGCUCCGUGUCUUCCAUUGGUACGGUGGACUUUACGCAAGACGAGCCUUCUGUUCGAUCGGCUAAGCCCAUUACUUUUGAGCCUCUGGAUGAGACGUUAACUAUGUCUGGUAUCGCGAAGGCGAAGGCUGCCAACUCUGGCUUGGCUAACACCAACUCGAGCGAAAACAACGAGUUUGUUCUUCACGAUAGCUCGGUGGAUCUGGCCACUUCAAACGUUAGCAGCGACUACGCCAGCACCGUCAGCUCGGUUGAUAUUGAUGGCAACAGGAAGUUCGACAAUACGCUUAACAGCACCAGCGACAUUGUGAGCAACGCAGACAUCGUUAGCACCACAGACUUCGAGUCUAGCGUCAAUACGGACUUCGCUAGUAACAUCGCGAGCACGGAGUUCAGCGCCAGUGGCAACGGGGACUUUACUAAGCCGAGUAGUCACAGCGAUGGCAGCUUCAGCAGUGGACUGGAAGGCUCGAGUUUUGACUCUGGACUCGAAAGCUCGAGUUACGGCACGGAUGUUACUGGCAGUAGCUAUGGUACCGGAUUGACUGGAUCGAGUUACGGUACAGACGUGACGGGCAACAGCUACAACACUGACCUGGCUGACUCUGCACUGGACGCGACCAAGACAGAGAACGACCUCAACAACACCCACUCGACCUACGACUUUGACGACAAAUCUUUCCGUGCUUCCAACUCGUUCGCUGCGUCUGCAUCAGACGAUGACCCGACUGGCGAGGGCCUCCGCCCGAGACGUGUAUCUUCAGCUGAUGGGGAGAGCUACGAAUUCUAAAUUGGUUGGCUGUUCUAGAAUUUGGUAGCCUCAAGUUUUGAUGCGUUCGUCUGCGUGGUGAAGAAAGUCGCUUUCCAGUCGCUUAUAGAGGAAAGAUCGACAUGGGGCGCAAUGGAACGCCUACGGAGCUUAGUCGCUUCAGUUUCUGGUUGGAAAUGUGGAGUUUUUAGUCGUGGGUCAAGAUAAUUCCGAUGUGGAAUAUGGAGACGACUGCGCCGUAGCGUAUUUUAUUUUCUUUUUGAUCUCAAUUUUUCUUCGCGAAAGUUUUUCGGCACCGAUGUUGGAUAUCCAUGUUAUUUUCUCGAGAUACCAAGAUCGGGAGCAUGUAAGGACCUGAACACACGCUUGUCGUAUUUAACUUUUUGAACACGAAACAUGAACAUGAAAAACAGUCUUCGCUUUGAUAAGUUAAUCGUGGAUUUAAAGAAGUCGCAAAGAUAAGCUCGGUGUAUCCUAUUAAUACUGAGCUGUGCUAGUUCACUUGCUGACGGGCCAACCACCUUGAGGGCAAGUGAAGUUGGCUUAAGUUUUGGGAUGAAGGAGUCAGAGGUCCAGUAUGGAGAAAAAGCGACCAAAGUGGCGAGACCUAGUGUCUCUGCUUCAGGCUCACGUGGAACUUUCAGUUGUCGAAGAUGGCGAUUGCUAACAGGAAAGCCAAA